UCAAACUCAACUGUUUUCAAACCAUACAGUACGACAAAUAUACGGCAGUGAGGCAGAUAUAAUAUUGCUUCAUAUAGAAAUUCCUUAGUUCAAACAAAAAAGUUAUUAAUAAUUUCACCUCGUCUGUCCAAAUGUUGCAUGAAUGAUCUUUCUACAGUGUUGAAAAAAGUAGGACAACUAUCGUAAAACUGGUCUGAAUUGGAACAUCCAAAUUUGGGUAAAAUCAAUAAUACUCUUCCGUUGUGUGCUGUAAAAUCAGCAAGGAAAAAUGGAAAAAAGUGAAAGACGCCCGAAUCGAUAUCGAUGCGCCACUAUGGGACCAAAGUACGUUUGUUGGCCGGUUCAAGCAUUUCGCUUUCAUGACAGACCCGCGAACGGUAUUAACGUCCGAAGAUGAUUUGCAUAAAGCUAAGAAGCUAGUCGAACAAUAUCGACUCGGAAAAGAACCGUCCGAUGUAACCAGAGACCAAAUCAUUUACGCCAAGAAACUCUACUCGUCCGCAUUUCACCCCGAUUCCGGCGAACUACAAAAUGUAUUCGGUCGUAUGAGCUUUCAAGUACCUGGUGGAAUGAUCAUUACUGGAGCUAUGCUUCAGUUUUACCGAACAGUACCGGCCGUUGUUUUCUGGCAAUUCGUAAAUCAGUCAUUCAACGCUUUGGUCAAUUACACCAAUCGUAAUGCCAAUUCGCCCGUUUCGGUUACUCAAUUGGGAGUAUCGUACGUUUCGGCUACAACCAGUGCAUUAGUUGCUGCCAUCGGAUGCAAAAGUUUUUGGCAGAAACGAGCUGGAGCCUUAAUGCUACGUUACGUACCAUUUGCAGCCGUAGCAGCAGCGAAUUGCGUCAAUAUACCGUUGAUGCGUCAAAAUGAACUAACUCAGGGUGUUGAUGUCGUUGAUGACGAUAACAAUGUCGUUGGUAAAAGUCGUGUUGCGGCAGUCAAAGGGAUCUCACAGGUUGUAUUUAGCCGAGUAUUGAUGGCAGCACCAGGUAUGCUACUUCUACCGAUAUUAAUGGAGAAACUGGAGCGCAUUAAUUGGUUCAGGAGGCUACAAAUUCUGCAUGCACCUUUCCAAGUAUUAGCCGUUGGUGGAUUUUUGAUAUUCAUGGUACCUACUGCUUGCAGUAUAUUUCCACAAAGAUGUUCGAUCAACAUGUCGACGAUACAACGCUUCGACAGCGAAUUAUACGGCGAAAUGCAAAAGAAGCAUGGCAAAAAUCUACCCGAAAAAGUUUACUUCAACAAAGGGCUGUAGGAAGGUUGUCAGCGUAAACAAUGGAAUUGAUUUAAAUUUUAGUGACGUUUGAGAGGCUAUGGGGCUACAAUGAAUUUUAUUUUUUUUAACGAAGCAAUAUUUUAGGGCCGAGAGGCUGUGUUCAUAUCAGACCUUCAUCCCGUGAAUGCAUGAAUUGAUAUUUACAAAAACCUGAUUCAAAGACACUAACGAGGACAUACCUUACGUAUAUUUCAAAUUUCAGCCGUCACACGCUGUAGACGUAGUAAAGUGGUAUAAUUUUCAAACCUCAUGAUAUGCACUCAUGCUCUCGGUCCAUUUUCGCAUUUUCAUUGAUCGAAUGCAUUUCUCUUAAUUCUCGGUGUUCGGGUCAAAUUUUAUUUAUUUAAAUGUUAGGUGUACGAUUGACCGGAACGGCCAAAACCUUUUUUUUUUAAUUUACGAUUUUUGAUAUGAUUUUAUUCAAAGCCUUCGUCGGAUGUAAUUAGUAAAAUUAAAGAAAACUUACGAUGUUGACAAUAAAGAAGUUAAAAGCACAAAUUUAUUCA